AUGGACGAGUUCAUCAGUCUCGGCGACGAACCUCAGCCUCGCGCCUCGGAAGAUCUCCACCAGCCCCUCCAAGUCGAUGCCGUCGAUCUGAAUCUGAAUCUCAAUCACGCACCACCACAGCCGGAGCCGGAGCCGGAGCCUCUGCCAUCCCAGCACCACCCACAAGGCACCAAGGCCAGUACUAGUUCCGUCGUCGUCGAGGUCAUCGACCUCGAGGAAGGCCAGAUCGCCUGCCAACAAUCUUCUUCUUCUUCUGCUGCUGCUGCUGCUGCCCAAGAUGCAGCAGCAGAUAACCCCCAGGCCAAGGCCAAAGAAGAAGCCUUGGGUGCCAAUGGAGUGGGGCCUCCUCCUCCCCCAUCCCACCACCAACCGCAAGAUGAUGACAUCAUCGACCUCGAAGAAGGCCAGGUUGAGGACAUGGACCUCUCCGACGACAAUGCCCUAGUCAUUGUUACAAAGCAGCAUGCUUGUGUUUCAGCAGCUGGAACACCCAUGGGCAACAAUGACGGGCCUCCCCUUUCUUCAAGACUGAGCAGCGGCUCCUUUAUCGACCAAAGCCCCACAAGAGGAGUUAAAAGACCCCGCACGGAAUCAGCCGAGCCUUCUGUUCGUGUAGUCUACAACAACAUGACAAGGGAAAGCAAAAGGAAACUCGUGGAACUGAUGCAGCAAUGGUCCGAGUGGCAAGCUAGAAAGCAACACGCCUUGACGGUACUGUUCCUUACAACCCUGGCUUUUGCUGUUAUGGAAACUGUGGAAAAAGUCUUGGACUGUGGUGAAGAGACUUAUUAUCCAGCAUUACAUGUUGGUUCAGAGAGAUCCUGUGCUGUGAAGUCAUUCUGGGUGGAUAGCCAAGCACGAGGAAAUGCUGCUGUGGAUGAUGGUGCGGUGCCGCUGUAUGAUCGAGAAUUUACAUUGGGUUCAACUCCUAUGGGUGAUUCAUCAAAUGCUGAAGGCAAGAAAGAUAAGGAUGAUUCUCGCUGUUUCAACUGUGGUUCGUAUAGCCAUGCUCUUAAGGAUUGCCCAAAGCCUCGUGACCAUGUUGCAAUUAGCAAUGCCCGCAAGCAGCACAACUUGAAAAGGAACCUAUCUAAUGUUGGUAAUCGUGGACAAAAUCGCUACUACCAGAAGACGCCAGGCAAAUUUGAUGAUCUGAAGGCAGGAGUCCUGGGAUCUGAGACUAGAGAAUGCUUGGGGCUCAGGGAAAAUGACCCGCCGCCGUGGCUGCACAGAAUGCGCGAAUUGGGUUAUCCUCCAGGUUACCUAGAUGAGGUGGAAGAUGAAGACAAACCAUCUGGCAUCACCAUAUUUGGGGACGGGGAGGUGAAGGAAGAGCAGCAGCAUGAGGAGGGAGAGCUUCCGGAGAAGGGUGAACCAUCCCCGCCUCGCAAGAGGAUGACGGUGGAGUUCCCUGGAAUAAACGCGCCCGUCCCAGAGAACGGCGACCCUUGGCUGUGGGGCAGCGCUCCGCCGCCCCCUCUUCAGUCCUCCUCUGGCCGUCACCAGCACUCAUCAUCAGAUUCGAGGGAUAGAGCUCCUCCUGCCCUUCCAGGCGUCGAGCAUUACUCGUCAUCGAGGUAUCACUCGUACGACUACGGACCGGCGAUCCCUGGUGCCGGAAGAAGAAGCUCAUCUGGUUAUGACGAUGGUGCCUGGACCCCGAGCCCCGCGUUUUCGAGCAGGCAGCACUCGGGCUCGGGCUCGGGUUCGAGGGAAAGGGAAAGGGAGAGGGAGAGGGAGAGGGAGAGGGAAAGGGAGAGAGAGAGGGACAGGCACUACUACAGCAACAGGAGGUGA